GUUGGGUCUCGAGUUGUUUCGCGAGGCCUCGAGGAUUUUUCUCAUGAGAACCAGCGUCGAUAGCCGAAGCCAGUGUUACAGGCGCUCCCUCAUGCUCCUGCCCCUGGCUACGCUCGGCGUCCUCCGCCCUGCUCCUCCCUUGCAUCGUCCUCCUUCUCCUCCCCCCCCACUCCUGACUCCUCCUGCAUCCUCCCUCCUCCCCCGCCCGAACGUGCAGGCGAGCAGCCAUGUACAGUAACGCACCUUCGCCAUCAUAUUGCACUUCGGCACGGCUACGUCCCUGGCCGGCACGUGAACAAGUCGUGCGGAAUCAUUCUGCUCUUACGCAAGAAGAAGUUCAGACGGAAGCACAUCGCGGAUUCCCCUCUUGUUCCCAGACAGCGUCUGGGCCGCGUGGCGCUCCGUCGGAUCCGAUCGGGGCGAUUUGGCAUCUUGAUACUUGUCACAUGCUUUCCCCCUCGCCCGUCACCGCGUCGAUGUACUGUCAGCUGUAUGUGUGCUUGGUUGAACGAGGUUUUUACUUGGGCGAAAGCCCGCUCAUCUGUCUUGUGGGGUUUCGACCUCAACGACUCGUCCGGGCUCUGUCGUCAACGGGGUGCUGGCCUUGCUCCUGUCCAGUCCCCUGCGUUGGGCAGAUUUGGCGUGGGCGAACAGAGGUUCGCAGGAGAUUGGGUGCUUGAGAUCUUCGAGCGAUGUUCGCUGAAAGGGGUAUCCAUGUCUUUCUCUGUGGGCAACACGUAUUUCGGCCACGGGAGCUCGAGCCCGAUCGACUACGUUGUUGUGUGUGAGUGGCAGGCUCGGUAUGUGGUGAGAUGUUUGGGGCUGAAGCGUUCCAACUUGAGGCUGAAGCUGAUUCGGAAGCAAAGGCUCCAGGAUCAUGUGCCUACUAUGAUGCGUGUGCCCUGCGACUUUGACAUAUCAUGGUCUCGACUUGAGGUUCGCCCAGUGCCCUGGCUUCCACGAGAUGUUUCUUGAUGCCCCCGCCCCCGAUUCAGUAUGUCAGGAGUGGGCCACAACGGUUUAUUCCACGGCGGCGAAGCAUUUCAGCAGAUCGGCGUCCGCAGACCCCUGUGCGCAGGCGUGCGCGGAAGAACGGGCACGGCUUCUGGCAGCUUGGCGGCAUCAGCGCUCGCUUGGUGAUGAUGAUAUGACUACGACGCAUGCUCUCGCCAGAUGUUCCAGACAAUUGAGGCAGCUUCGACGGGGACGGCAACAGGCGGUCACGGCGCAGCUGGUGCAUGAGAUGGAGCAGGCAUGGCAUUCUCGACGCCAUGCGGAUGUCUGGAGGCCCGCACACCUCCUUGCAGGCCAGUGCCGCGAACCUCGCAAGAGACGACACAAUGCGGCAGACGAGUUUUUUUUUGUUUUUGUUUUUUACCAAGGGCCUCCGAAGUGUGCGAGCACUUCGCGAAGGAUGACCCCAGCGGAGGCUUCGCCGCAGUGCCGAUCGACCUUGGUGAGUUCUCUGGCCAGCGCGCGUCGACCCUCUCCUCCACCACCCAUUGGAGCGGAUAGCUUUGCAGCCGUGGAGGAAGGCCGCGAUGAUCUCCAGAAGGUUUGUGGACUACUUGCUCGGGCCCCUCGUCG